AGUCGGCAUUCCUGCCAAACAAGUCCAAGCUUACUCUUUAUCUAGCCCGGAUCUCUCUCCCUUUCUUUCUGCUCGGAGGUGAGUGUCAACCGAAGCCAACAAGCUCUCCUCCUGCCAUGCCCUGAACUCCGGCCCAUGUGAGUGUGUGGCUGCGGCGGCGGCGCUGCCUGUGUGUGCCUAAUAGGAAAUAGUAAAAGCAGUGAGGCAGGUCAGUCGGGCAGCGAUUCCAUCCCAGCUCGGGUCCCCUGCGCAGCCGUCUGCAGCGGCGGCAGCAGCCCCAGCAGCGCUCGGCUGAGUAAGGUGGGAGUAAGGAAGGAGUAGCGAGGCGGGAGGCCGCGGGUCGUCGGCCUCAGCUAGCCUUGCUGCUGCGGCGCUAGCGCUGCUCCUCCUCUUGCUGCUGGUGGUGGUGGUGGUGGAGCCUCCGCUCGCCCCCCCCCCCCAGCCGCCGCCUUCCGAUGAGCUCCUACUUCGUCAAUCCACUCUACUCCAAGUACAAGGCGGCGGCGGCGGCGGCGGCGGCAGGAGGAGGGGGCGAGCCGCCCAUCAAUCCCGCUUACUACGACUGUCACUUUGCGCCCGCCGCGGCCGCAGCCGCCGCCUUGCUCUACGGGAACAGCGCUGCGGCUGCCGCCGCUGCCGCCGCCGCCGCCUCCUCCUCAGGCUUCCCUCCGCCGCAACCUCCUCCUGGGCCCGGCUCAGGCAGCAGCGGCCCGGAAUACUACCACCACCACCAUCACCACCACCAGCAGCAGCACCUGGCCGGGGGGAGCCCCUCAGCCUACCACCACCAGCAGCAGACGCCUCCUCCUCCUCCGUUGGCCCCGCCAGGCCCCUGCGCUGGCUUGCCUUGUCCGGGGGAGCCCGCCAAGUUUUACGGAUACGAUCACUUACAGAGACAGCCGAUUUUUACGACGCACCAAGAGGCCGAGCUGGUCCAGUAUCCAGACUGUAAAUCGUCCAGCGCUAAUCUUGGCGAACAACCAGAGCACUUAAAUCAGGGCGCGUCUCCUUCGCCAAUGUUUCCCUGGAUGAGACCACAAGCAGCUCCUGGUAGGCGGAGAGGAAGGCAAACCUACAGUCGCUUCCAGACUCUCGAGCUGGAAAAGGAGUUCCUUUUUAACCCCUACCUGACCAGGAAAAGAAGGAUCGAGGUCUCCCAUGCUCUAGGACUCACAGAAAGGCAGGUCAAGAUCUGGUUUCAGAACAGGAGGAUGAAGUGGAAAAAAGAAAACAACAAAGACAAAUUCCCAGCCGCCAAGCAAGAAGGAAAGGAAGGAGGGGAAGCCAAAAAGGAAGUCCAGGAGGAUCUAGGAGAAAGAGCGGAAGGCCCGACGAAUUGAAGUUCUUCUCCUCGCUCCGAAACCUCGGCGAAGGACAAUGGAGCGGGCUCUUUUCCUGGCCUGCCUAAAUGCUUACUCAGGCACUUUUCUUGCAAGGGCCCUACCUUGACUUUUAAACUACCUUAUGACGUUUCUGUGCUAGGUGAGAGUUUUAUUUUAUUUGUUACUGCACAAGGCCCCUUAGCUGGAGUGUCAACUGCCUGCUGCUGCUGCUGCUGCUGCUGUUGCUGCUGCUCCGCCGCGAUUGCUGCUUUUCCCUGCCUGGAAUUCACCUGGAAUUUGAUACCGAAAACUGUACCAAUUUUGUACGUGGGUUUUCUAUUGGGGACAAUAUCAGACAUAUCCAAUGAUUUAGGAAUCAAAUCAAACAAGUGCACUUGUAAUCUCUCUCUCUCUCUCUCUCUCUCUCUCUCAAACUUUCCUUCUAACUUCUUUCUUGUAAAGUAAAUUAACGAAGACGUUCUCAUGAUUGUGGAGGGGGAGAGGGAAGAAGGAAAUAUUUUAAUGGAACAUUGUUACUGAAUUAUCGGUAAUUGAUUGAAAUAAAAUAAAACUG